AUGGCAGAUCCCCUUAGCAUCAUCGCGUCCGCGCUCACCGUUGGCGCAAGUGCAGCGCAACUUUCGCUCGCUCUCUUCAGCGUAGUUCAGACACUCAAGAAUGCACCUCGAGAGAUAGCAGAAAUCGCGGAAGAGAUAUCCUUACUCGCGGAAAGUUUGCAAACGCUCGCAGAUAUUAUCCGUGCUCAUCAAACUUUGUGCAAGCCUGCACUUUUCAGAAAUACCCAGAAAAUCAUACUGCGGUGGAAGCAAGUAGAUGCGGAAAUAAAAAAACUCAUAGAUACGCCUCAAAAAUUGGCAGGUCUGAAGUGGUUGAUAAACAAGCCCAGGGCGAAAGGUCUACUCAAGAAGGUCGAAGGCAUCAAGACCGCCCUGAUUCUGGAAUUGAACAUCGUUCGUCUUGCAAGAGAAGAGGUUGUUCGGCCACCAGAAUACACCGAGCUGGACCCCGACGCCCAAGCCCGACCCAUCCCAAAGUCCAAUCGGUUCCGUAAGAUUGUGGAAAGUGCUGUCCAGGCAAACCGGCAAGUAGUUGAGAGUGCGCAGCAGGAAGAAGAUGAUUCCGAGACUGCCAAACGACACUACACCACCGCAGAAAUAGAUGUAUGGAAAGAAGGGUCCUUUGACACUGCUACAUGGCUCUACCAUUUCGUGUUUAGCUCAGAUGACGUAGAUCCUGCACCAGUGCCGGACCCGCGAACACGUCGGCUCCAUCAAGCAUCCGUCACCGAUGAAAGCACGGAGACAACUGCGAGAAGCGCUUACUCCUCUUCUGAAGACGGCAUUCAUAAUAACAGGCGAUUGUCAGGUCCAGAUGAAAAAGCCUUGAUUGUUUGGAGUAGACAGACAGAGCCUGCCCUAGUAGUAGACAGACUGCUCUCUUCAUGGACGACGCUCACAACCGACCAAAUCAGCCUUAGCUCCACCCGCCACGAUGGCGAUGACUGGAGGGAAGGGGUACUGAGGAUGUUGGAAGAGGCAAGAAAGGAGGACGAGCUAUCUUUUGCUCAGUGGGAACAGCAGAACACACCUGUCAGAUCCGAUGACGAAGAAUUCCAGAGCGCCGAAGAGGACAGUACUGUCGGUGUCAAUGUACCGACGUGGAAUUUCCGUGACAAUGUUCAACGCGCCCGAAAACGGAACACAAAGUCCUCUGAUCGUGCCAACCCAUGGGCGGACACAGAUGGAUACUCACCAACUUACACCGACGGUAGAUCCAAGCGAAAUGCUGAGGAGUCACAUGUGAAAUGGCAGGAUGCAACGCCAUCGAUCAGCCGGCCCACUCCACGUCCGCUUAGACAGAGGAGGUACACAGACAAACCGCGAUCUGUAGAUGCCGAAGCCAGAAGGCCUACAUCCAGAGUUCAUACGAUUCAUAGCGACCAAACGGACUCAGUUUCAAGCCCACCGAAUGAUGACUUCAACUAUAACAAAGCCACCUCAGGUUAUUUCAGUCCUUACGCACCUGGCUACCACCCGCCACCUGUCAGUUAUGGAUUUAUGCCACCUUGGCGAAACUCGGUACAAAGGCCACCAGUUCCACCAACCCAUCAAGAACCACCGAAACAAGCAUAUGUAUCAGCUGGUCGACACUGGUCAUACUCAUCGCCUCCUCCAAGUCCUCCACCAGCCACUGCCCAAAGUCCACCUUCACCUCCACCUCCACUUCCACCAGAUCCCGCUCAAUCGGUAGAAAAGAGUCUUACGGCGCCUGAGAUAGAAGCCAAAGAAAAUGCUGUUCUCGCCGCGGUAGAAAAGCUACUUGAAAAGCGCAAUCAAGAAUUACGAAUCGAGUAUGAGCAGCUACCAUUUUCGAAACUGGCGCAAAUAUUGCAAGAGCGCGAGGUUCAAAAUGAACGAGAACGAGCUAAUGCAGCAACUGAGGUGUAUGUCAAGCAACUGCAAGAGGCCCGUGAAAAAGAUGGUGAAACAAUGCAGCGACUUGAAAGCCUUGUAGCGGAUCAAAAAGCAGAGCAAAGGCGCAUGGAAAUUAUGUGGCAGGAAGAAAAGAAGGCUAUAGAAGAAAAGAACGCAAAGCAAGCUGAAUAUGUGAGAGCAUCGGCAGCGAAAGAAAUCGCAACAGCACAGUCGGCAAAAGAAGCAGCUCAGAUCGCUCUGAGUAUUGAGAGGCUGGAAGCAGAAAAGGAAGCACGCAAACGAGCUGAUGCCAUGGUAGUAGAAGAGAGGAGAAAGACUGAGGAAGGACACAAGUUACAGUUACGGCGGUAUGAAGAUCUAGUCCGUGGGUUGCAAGAGCAGCAAAAGUUGGACCAAGACAACGACCGGCCAUUUCGUCGCACUCGCAUCGCGGAGGGCAAUCGUAGUGUGGACGUGACAGAAUACGUGACUAGUAAACGAGCUUCUCCUCUGUCCUCGUCUUAUUCGUCGCUUCAAGAUGGCUUUGCGCGCCUGGAAAUGAGGUCGGAUAGGACAACAGACCAUUACUGGCCUCAAAGACGCCCCCGCCAUGAUAGUUUUCGCAGCUCAACAGCCUCUCUCCAGUCCUCGCGUACUUCACUGGGCAACACAAACAAUUCAGAUACGAAUUCAAGGUCUCAGCAGAUGAUCAUCUUCCCUAUCCAAUACGACAGACAUUCCCACAGAAUAGCCGAGUUACAGACCUCGCUGGCUGCAUUUGGAAUCAAUUCUGCUUUCGAAGAUCCCGAAGAACCACAGCUCUUGAACUUUGGUCAGCUCGUACCGUACAAGUACGAAGAUGCAGGUGAUCAGAUUGUUAGAAGCACCAUAUUCUGGGAGUCAUCCGCGCUUAGCUUAGGUAGUGAACUUUUGUUGGCCAUGAAGCAAGCCGGUUGGAGGCCAACAUACACUCGUAUAUCCGGAAAAGGACAGACUCACUAUCUAGGUAGUCAGCCCGUCCAUACCUACUUCUUCAGCCCUGACUACAAGCCGCAAUUUCGACCCUCAACAACAGCUCCAGGCAAGGAAUCCAUCACUAUACAAAAAGCUUUGAUCGAAGAGUACGCACUCAAGGAAUUGGGCUUCGGAUAUCAGACCAACGAAGCAGGAACAUACAUUCUUGAUGGCAGGUUGACAUAUAGCGACAUUGAAACACUCAUUGAACGUUCGUUCCUAAUGAGAGAAAACAAUCAUCGGAGAUUGCACCGGCCGCUGCAAUGGCACUACGAUAAAGAUCCCGAGGUACCCAUGAGUCCUUAUCCGGGCACGCAUACACCUUCGCUAUAUUCGGCCUCAUCUGUAUACUCCGGUGAGAAUUCUACAAUCUGCCAGGAUUCCGAAACGGAGACUCAGGGCAAGAAGAGCUCUUCCAUCUCUGAUGCCGAUCAUUCUGAUACUGGCGAUGUCAACAACUUUCUCGGCCCCCGUGCCAACAAGUCAAGGAGGUCGGAGACACCGUCUUCCGUGGCUUCACGGACUUCGAGGGCUUCGAAAUCGACAAACCCAUGGGGGCCUCUGUUCCAGGCGAAGACGGGUGCCUUGCGUAAAACACUAUCUAAAGCCUUCCCUAAGGGCAUAGAACUUGUGUAUCCUACCGCGCCGAUACGGUUGACACCCGCCGACGAAUCGUUCCUAGCAGGUAGCACGGGCAAAGAUGGCGAGGGCAAGGACGGAAAGGACGGAGAGGAGCAGGAGAUCGAUGCGUGGGCGUGGUGGAGGAGGAAAGGUUCAGGGGAACCAUACACAUACGAAGGCAUAGAGCAAGGUCUGGCUCAUAUCGCAAACGUGUUGAAGGAACAAGGUCCCUUUGACGGUGUCGUGGGGUUCUCCCAGGGCGGUGCCGCGGCAGCCAUGGUCGCGAGUCUACUCGAACCUAACCGUCGCGCUGCAUUCGAGAAACUUUACCCAGAAGGCGGCAUGAGGUUCCCAGAGUCUUUUGAAGAAGACACUGGCUAUGUUGAGGGAACCAUACAUCCGCCGCUGAAGUUUGCGAUCAGUUAUAGUGGCUUUGCAGCGCGUGGGAAGAACCCAUAUCACGCUUUCUAUGAGCCCAAGAUCAGCACACCGAUGUUGCAUUUUCUGGGCACACAGGACGUUGUAGUUGAGGAAGCAAGGAGUUUGGCCUUGGUCCAGGCUUGUGAACACAGCGAGGAGAAGUACGUUGUGUAUCAUCCUGGCGGGCACUUCCUACCGAGCACACAGAAGGCUAGCGUCAAUGCAUUGAUUGGAUUCAUCAAAGAAGUCCUGCAGGAACAGGAGGGCGGGGCAAAGAAGGAGGAGGAGAGUGUUGAGGACAUGGAUUGCUGCCGUCCCGAACACCACCACCACAAACGAAAUCACGACAUCACCAUGGCACAAGCAGGCAAAGAGAACAUCGCCGAUGGUCUGAUCGCGAAUGGCUCUUUCAAGGCCUCUACACAACCUCUGAAGAAAUUAGCGCCGUCACCAAAGAAAAAGACGCGUAGUAAAAGUAUCGGUCCCGGAGGCUUAGGGGAAUUGGAAGCACCUCCACUGAAGGAGACGGCUGGAAACCGCAGAAAGUCUGCUUUCAUCCCCGCCGUUAAGUCUAUCCUAGCCUCGAAUGAUGAGGACGAGAAGAAACGGCGCGAAGCCCGUCGCAAGUCUCUGGCAAGGCGACGCGUGUCUUUCGCCCCCGAAGCCACUUUACACACAUGGGACGUAGUCGAGUAUAUGCGCGAUGCGACCACCUCUUCUGCCUCAUCAGAGGCGACACGCAGAGCCUCAAACGUCUCACAAGCAUCGACACCGGCAUCGCCUGCCCCUCCUUCAGACCCCGCCGAACCUCCGUCAACGCCACCAGAACAAGCCGAAGAGCCUCAGCCAGAAUCUGGUUCGUCACCGGCAAGCGCGCGCGCUCAACACCAGAAGAAGAACCGUCGAAGUUCAGGUAUACCACCAAUGAACUUCAAUAACCCAGAUGACGUCUACUCCUCCAGCCCACUAAGUGGAGAUAAUGCUUCGCCUGGUGGAAAUGACAACGAGAGCAGCGACUCUGAGGAUAUGGAUAUUGAUGAUGCUACAGAGAACGUGGGUGUUUCCCCAGAAGUGGAGGACUCGUCCAUGAGCAGCGCUCGAUUGGAUGCUGCACUCCGAGAGGCUGCGAAUCUAGCAGGCACUCAGAAGCUGGAUUUUGAUGAUGAAGACGGAGACAUGACUAUGGAGAUUGCACAAGAUGAGGUUACUGCAUCUUUCAAGCCUUGGGCAAAGAAGAGCUUUGUCGCACAGUACGACAAGGAGAACGCAAGCCCUCUUUUCUCUCCAGCACGCACGGUAGCCGACGAGGACGACGACAUGAGCAUGGACAUCACACGUGCAGUGGGUCGCAUUGUACCGCCGCCGCCGCAACAACCACAGCAGCAGCAGCAGCAGCAGCAGCAGCAACAACAACAACAACAUUCUGAUGCAGCAAACUCGGACAUCGACGACGACAUGACAAUGGAUCUGACCAUGCCACUUGGAAGUAUACAGGCAAUGACAGCAUCAUACAAACCAGCAAACAAGAGGAAAAGUCUUAAGAGGAGAGUUUCCUUGCUGGAUGAUUCUCAGGGUAGCCCUGCAAAGCGCCCUGGAAGUCGGCGUACCAGUUUGCGAAAACGUCGACAAUCCGAAGAGCACGAUCAAGAAGACGCAACCAUGGACCUUACGAUGGCGAUCGGAGCGAUUAAGAAAGCGCCUCAGCCUGAGCCCGCCAGGCGUGCUAGCAUUGGAAGCGUUGUUGAUGAUGCGACCAUGGACUUUACCCUGGCCGUGGGAAGUAUCAAGAACGACAAGCCACAAGCGCAGGAAAUACAAGAAGAACCAGAAGAGCAGGACCUGGAGGAUGAGGUCGAGGACGAGGAUCUCUCCAUGGAAUUUACCAAGAUCGUUGGGCCAGGCAUCAGGCGUGCUAACAGUUCAGCAACAUCACCAGAGACACCUGCUGAUGCUACACCUGUUUCAGCAAAGAAGACGCCGACUCCGCGAAAAUCUCCAAAGAAGUCACCCGGUCGAAGAAGUUCCAUGCUUAAAGCCGAAGCCGAAAGCGCGCCUCAAGUAUUACAGGAGAUUACACCCAGUACAUCAGGAGAGGUGUCCUAUCCGAUCCUUGACCCUGGAACUCCAGAGAUUGUAAGGCAAAAAGAUAUUGAGGAGGUUGAGCCGUCACCGUUCGUGCGUCGAACUCCGCUGAGUGCCUUGAAAGAGAAAGACGCCCUUGCGACACCCACGAACCCGACACCACAGAGGACACCCAUGGCAAUCCCCGAGGACCCGAUCACAGCUACAAUCCUGGACCGACGCCGUUCUUCCUUGUCUGCAGUACAGUUCAGUCCUUUGAACGUACCACGCCAGGAACCUACUCUCAAGAGCACCGCACUCUUGAGCAACAACAUCAAGCUAUUGUCCACCCCCCGAAAGCAGACUUUGACAUCGCCGGUGAAGCGAGGGAUGACGCCAAAGAAGUCCCAGUCUCCUCAAAAACAGCCAACACCGACUCCCAAGAAAGCGACUCCCAAGAAAGCGACUCCCAGAAAGAGCAUGAGUCCGAUGAAGCGCGUUGCAUUUGGUGCAGAUCCGGAGCCGGAAGAAGAGAUCAAUGAUGACAACGAUGUAGCAGAAGACCUGUCGGACGUCGAGCGUAUCUCUCUACAAGAUUUUCUUGACAUGACAAAAAUUCGCUUCAUGGAUCUUAGUACGACCAAGCGACGCCAUACUGCUGCCCCUGCCGCUUUCCACGACGUGGAAAUAGAGGAGAAAGAAGAAUCUCUAGACCGAUAUGUCGUGGCUGGUGCUUGCACGCUACCCGAGUACGAAUUGUACCAACAUGCGUGUCACGAGAUGAAGAAGUAUAUCUCAGACGGUCGCCACUUCGUUCGUACUCUGGAAAACAAUGUUCUAGAGGAGAACCCACUGCUAUUCAGCGAGUAUCUCACUGCUCCCCCGGAUCAGCGCAAGGUCAUGGACAACCAAUUCAAGAAUCUCAAGACGAACGCGCGCCUCGAAGCUCGUGGAGAGUGGUACACAUGGCGAAGUACGCUAUUGCACGAUCUCAAAGCUGGUCUUCUCCACACCAUGGAUUGCUUCAACCACGACGAAUCUACCCUUCACAAGCAGGAGAAGCUUCUUAACGAUACUCUUCCGCCUUUAGUUGAGAGGAAGGAACAUCUUUCCGUUGAAUGUAAGCAAUUACAGCAGCGUCAUGAUGAACUCAACAGCUGUGACCGGGAAGAGCUAGAGCAAACAAGAGAGAAGCUCACGGCUACGGAUGCUGAGCUGGAGGAGAAGAAGUUGCUUCUGGCCCAACUUCAACAGGAGCUCGUCGACAAGGAGACACGCAUAGAGGCAGCCAAGAACCGUAAAGUCGAUUGCAUUGAAGAGAUCAGAGCAGCUGAACGCGUGCGGGAAGAGUGCCGUGGCUGGUCUACCAGUGAAGUCAGCAGUCUGAGAGCCAAACUCACCGCUCUUGAGCAGGCUCACGGCUGGUGCAUCACUUCUGCUUCUUCGACUAGCAUCACAAUGACACAUCUGAAUGACCUUGAACUGUACUUCGUACCAUCUGUCUUUGCCACCGGCGAGAAUACACCCAAUGGAUCUAUCUCGCUCGCCUACAUUGGUGAUUCAGCGACACCGCACCCUCGCUCCUUGACAACGAGCAAGCGCUUUUUCCUACAGCUCAUCCGCGCACAUCUCCAUGGCAUUCCUCAAUCACAAACCCGCAUCUCCUCACUCCUUUCUCUUGUCAAGAAUGCAUGGGCUACCGCAACUGCUGUUGCUGAGGGUGUUCGGUGGCUCGAGCACAGCUACAUCACCGAGGAAUCAAUCCUCUCGGAUGAACGCAUGGCAAUCUCCACAAAUUUGUUGCUGCCCACCCUCCAAACAAAGAUCAAGGCUACCUUCGAAGUCGGCGUCGGUCUUGGUAAGGAGGGCUUUGAGACUGAUGUUGAUAUCAAGGCGGAAGUUGUGUACGGCGAGAAAUACGGAGAGGAAAAAAUGGGCGCGUUCUUACGCGACUUUUGUGGCAAUGAGGUCAAAGACGAGAAAAGCAUGUCGGUUUGGGCAGAUGGUAUGCUGGAUCUUGCAGCGAGGUUGAAGAAGACUGGGCGGAAGGGAGAAAGGAAAUAG